AUGGCCUGGUCGUACUGGAAUUGGAUCAUAGUGAAUGUCCUCAUUGGCCUUGGCGUAGUUAUAUUGACGUAUACGGUACUAGGUAUUUUAUUAUGGUCGUUUGAGCAAGUAUUCUACAGUAUAGUUGCUAAACUUUUUAAUAUUACACGCUGUACUAUUGAUGUUAAUCAUACUGUUAUUCGAGAGAAUACUGCAAUAUUUACUUCACAUAAACAUUCGACGAACACUGGUCGUCUCUCCUCAAAAGUUACAUCCUGUUGUAGGAACGAUAGAAGUAGAACCACUUUGACAAGCGGUAAUUGUUUUUCAAGACUUUGCAGUUGUGUGACACAAAUAGCGCCGUAUAUUGAGAGAGAUCGUUUAAGUGAGGCUGCUUCAGAUACUAUAAGAGUAGUACCGAUAGAACUUAUACAUAAUAAGACAGCUCAAAAAGAAUUCAUUCAAAUAUCUUCCAUCGCUCGCGAAGUGGCAUCAGCAAGCAAUAUCUCGCAACAUUCUUCUCCUGCAGAGAUGCAUGCAAAUAACAAGAUAGUAACAAAACCUGUAUCAGCUACAACUACGGACACAUCACUAGAAAUUUUACGAAAUCAUCCAUCCCAUCCAGAAUAUGAACGCGAAGUAUUAAAUAUGUACGGCAGAUACCUUACUUUGAACAAAAAGAGCAAUAAAUUCUUAAUAAUGACAAUAAGUGUCAUUGUCAUUUCAUCUAUCAUUAUUGCUGGCAUUGAAGGUUGUUUCCUGGCCAGUAUUACUGUUUAUCCAGAUGGUUCAUGUCCAAUCUAUGGUUUAAUGGAAUGCUUUCAUGGUUCAAAUUUUACCUAUUUUCCAUGUACACCUGGUAAUACAAUUAAUUUUACAUUAUAUUCCAAUAGUGCGACAUGUUUUCGUUGGAUUGCUCGUGAUGCAUCGAUAUCGAAUAUUGUAACACAAAUUGGUAUUUGUACAGGAUUGUUAACUGCUUUUGGAUCUGUUGUUGAAGUCGGUAUUAAUCGAAUUACUAAACCAACUCGUUGCUGUGGUAUGAAACUACCAUUUCAAUUCGGUAUUCUCGAUCUACGUUUAUAUCAACGUCCUUGGCUUGUUGUCAUAUUUCUUAUACUUUACAUCUCACUUCCAUUAGGUGUCCUUGGUUCAAUCGUUCUUCUAUCGUAUUUUAGAAUUAGUAUAACGUCAUUGACUUAUAUUAUUCUUCUAACGAUAGUAUUAAUAUGUUGUCUUGCUCUGUUAUGGAUCAUUUGGGAAGAAGAUGAAAUUGGAAGAGUAAUACCAGGUGCCUGGCAUGACUUUAAAGAUAUUGUCUCGAAACAUCAGCUAGAAAAACUUGUUACGGUAGGUCAAGGCGUGGCUUGA